CGAGGGUGGAGACAGAGAAGGAGAAGAACCUGAAACACUGCUGACGAGCUCUUUGCCGAUAUGUCGCCCAACACCUCUGAGUUCCAUCUCCACUGCUACAGCUCCAGACCUGGGAUCUUCAUCUUCACCGCCUUCACCGUGACCAGCGUGGUCUUCCUCCCGCUCCACAUGUUCGUCCUCCACGUGGGUUACCAGCGAUGGAGACAACAGCGCUCUGUCUCUGCAGCAGCAGCAGCGAUGACGAGCCACGCCGACGUCUUCACCUUCUACAUGGUUGUCCUGGAGUUUAUCAGCUCCUUGGGCUGUGUCCUCUACAGCUUCGGGGCGUUAGCAGAACAACAAGCUUUCAUACCUUUAGGGAUUGGCUUUCUCGUCGUCACCUCGUCUGGGCAGGUUCUGCUUCACUUGCUGACCUGUGCAGAGCGAUACCUGGCCGUCAUUCACCCCAUCACGUACCGGAAGCUGAAACAGAGAGGCGGAGUGAAGAUCAGGAAUAUCAGCAUUGGAUGUGUUUGUGUGAUGUGCUCUGGAUCCCUGAUUCCAACAAUCCUCCAAAUGAGAUUCCUCUCGGGCGUUUCCACUUGCUGCUUCUUCAUUCUGGCUUUGAUUGUUGCUUCGUUCUGCAGCCUUUCAGUUCUCAGAGUUCUGAUUCGUCCAGGGCCGGGGAAAGUGGGCGGGGGCAGGGCGCAGGUUGAUCAAGUAAAGAGAAGGGCUUUUCACACCAUUACAGCCAUAUUGGGAGCUCUGUUGUUGAGAUUUGCGUCAGUGCUCAUCAGCAGUAUGGUCUUUGCUUCGGAGCCGACCCACACAAGGUGCGUGUUGGGGUCCACCAUGAUCUGGUUUACGCUCCCCAGCAGCCUGGUGCUGCCCCUGCUGUUUCUACACAGAGUGGGAAAACUGCCAGGUGGCAAACACAACUCGGAAUCAGGCUAAAGGUUUCACUAUCCACAAGAUCUAACUAAUAAAGCAAAUUUAACUCCCUUUACACUGUAUUUACAAUCUGAUGAAUCUCU